UUUGUUCGAUAAUUGUAAAAAAAUCGAUCUUUAAACACAAUCGAACCAAGUUUGGACUUUGUCAUCGAUCUUUCUUUCAUACUCUUUGGUUGAAAACAACAAUUCAACAUGGCCGAAAAUAAGCUUGUGCUUCUGUUUUUUUGCACAAUCUAAUUUCGUGUAGCGAUUUGUAUUUCAUCAAAUUUCUUAUUAAAAGUGGUAAAAAUGCGCCGUAAACGAGAAAGAAGUACCACUGCUAAAUCCAAAGCUUCACCGGAAAAGAAGGUAGAAAAGGUUAGGCGCACAAGAGGUAGGCGUAGAAAACAAUCCACAUCUUCUGGAAAUGAAUCUGGUGAAGAAGUUAUUGCAGCAUUAGUACCGGAAAAGGUAACUGAACCAGCUCAAAGCGACAUUCAAACAUCAAAUAAAGAGGAAAGUCCGCCAGAGACACAAGAUCAAGUGUGGCAAGUUAAAACUGCUGAAGGUUCUGGUGAUGGAGGUGAAAUACAAAAAUUAAAAAUUUGUUUAAAACGUCCCCCGUCAACUCCCGAGGCGGGAGAUAAAUCUCCUCGAAGUAAGAGGAAACAUACUCGUGCUACGAGUUCUAGUGAUUCGACGAGUGUUGAGACACCAGAUGAUAAAAAGAAGAAUAGACACCGCACGAGGCGCUCAGCAUGCGAUUCAAGUGAAACCUCUGAAAAGGGUAAUGAUAUUACUCAUAUUGAUUCAGAAAUAAGUAUACAGAAAGAAAAUGUAGUUGUAGACAGUGUUCCUGCCAAAAACACAGGGGACUCACAAAUUGAAACAAACUCACUAACUGUUUCAUCAAAUGAGGAACUUAAGUCAAAAGAGGUUCCAACUGAAUCAAAUGAAAUAAUAUCUGAAGUUAGUAAAUCUGAUAUGAAUGAUAAGGUAAAUAAUCUAAAAGAUGAGGUUAACAUGGAAGAAAGUGAUGUUAAAACUGGAGAUUCAGUAAAACUAGAAGUAACUGAGGUUUCAACUUCUAAUGAGUUGAUAACUGAAACAGUGGAGGUAAAAGAAACUUUGAGAGAGGUAGUUGUAGACUCGAGCAGUGUAAAAGAAGACUCAAGUGAAGCCAAAGAAGCACCGCCUGAGAUAAAAGAAAGUUUGAGUCAGGUUCAAAAUGAGUCAACAACUAGUGAUAGUGUACAAAAUGUGGUUUGUUCAGAAAAAACAGAUACUUCAACGCCUGAAACAUGUAGCUCAACAGUAGAUAAAGAUGAAGUAGAGUGCAAACCAUCUGACAAAAUUGCAGAUGUAGAGAGCAAACCAUCAGAUAAUAUUUCAGAUGUAAAGAGCAAAUCAUCUGAGAAUAUUUCUAAGGAAAGUGAUCAAGAAAAACAUGAAGUCACAGACACUUUAGAAAAUGAUGCAACACAAGAAGGAAGUAUGACAUUUGAUAAAUCUGAUAUACUUGAGAUACAUGCUGAAGAAAGUAAAGCCGAUAUUUCUGAUCAGGAAGUUACUGAGGCUCAAAAUGAAGUUCCAGGAGAACAAGAACCACAGCAAGCAAUAAGCCAGGAGUCCGGGGAUAAGGUAAGUAAAUCUGAAGAUAAAAUGGUGGAAAGUUGUAAGGAAAAUGGAGAGCCACCUCAAAGUGAAAUAAAAUUGUCAAUUAAUGAACCUGAUGUUGUAGCACAAUCGGAUAAUGUAGUUAAGGAAAGUUCACCGCAAGAACAAAGUGAAAAUGCAGAUGAUGCUAUGAAGAAAGUUCCAGAACAAUCAGAAUCUUCACAAGUAAUCAAUGAAGGAAGUAAUAAUUCAACUAUUGUUAUUAAUAGAAAACGCAGGUGGGGUUCCCGUCCUAAAUUGACCACUCAAAAGUCAAUAACAAUUUCUACGGAUGUGCUUAAGGAAAUUAUACCAGAUGUUAAGCCAGUGGAGUUUGAAGAGGUUAUUGAAGAAAAGAAACAAAAGCGUUUUGAGGUUUUAGAAAAAAUAGAGAGACCAAUAUUGCCCAAAAUUGUGAUUGACAACACAGAAAAUGUGGAGCAUAAAAGAAAUCAAGAAAGAAAUGAGAUUGACAAACCCAUGAAAGAGACAAAUAAUUUAACUUCAAGUAGAAAAAUAUCUAUUGUCAAGGAUUCUGAAAAUGCUGCAGUGAUUAGACCACCGAGCCCCCCAAAACAUAAACAGUCUAAUAUUUUAUAUAUAACAAACCUAGUGAGGCCGUUUACUUUAUCACAAUUGAGGAAUUUACUACAAAGGACUGGAAGGAUAACUGAAAAUGGUUUCUGGAUUGAUAGAAUUAAAUCGAAAUGUUUUGUUAUAUACGAAAAUGAAGAUCAGGCAGUAGAAACGAGACAUGCCCUUCAUGGAGUGACAUGGCCUGUAUCAAAUCCUAAAACAUUACAUGUAGAUUUUUCAACUCAAGAAGAUUUUGACCACGCAAAGAAUAAUGAAGAAAAUGAAAACAACCAAGUGACGAGUAUACCGGGCACUGUAGAAGAUUGGCUACGAGAACAGGAUAUGAAAAGAGAAAAGGGAGAAAUGGAAAGACCAUGGGAGCGAAAGUCGACGCGGGAAUGGGAUCUGGGUAAAAAUGAUAAAAUUCAGGAGAAAGAAAAAGAUAGGUUACAAAAAGAUGACAGAGUUCUGGAAAAAAGGAGACAUCAUACACCUGAAAGGAGUCCUGAACCAGCAAAGAAGUUCAAGAAGAAAGAGGAAGCACCCGCAAAACUUUUGGAUGAUCUAUUCAGAAAGACAAAAACCACUCCUUGCAUUUACUGGUUGCCUCUGUCAGCUGAAACGAUUGCCAUAAAGGAGGAGCAAAGACGUCAGCAUAUGGCUGAGCACGAAAGGCGGCUGCAGGAACUGCGCCGUGGCUCACACCGCAGACAUUAUCGCGUUGGCGGAUCAAAACCGUCAACCGCUGUUUAUUUAGAUAGAGGAUUUUUAUAUAAUCAGAAUGGUAAGUUAAUGCAAACUGUUUUUACACAAAUUAUCGCUAAUUUUCAUCUAGACUGGUAUCCAGUCCGAGAGCAAUUGCGGGGUUUAUGGUUUGUUUGGGCCGUGCUGGUGGGAUUCGCUGUUGCACAAAGCCCAUUUACUCUAGAAGAUUUCGUAAGAGGCCAGUUUGCGCAAAGGGCAUUUAAUGGAACAUGGAUUUCAGACAAGGAGUUCACCUACACAAUUUCUGGAGAACCUGGUAUUUACAUGUUUGAUGUCUCGACUCUUACUCGAAGUGUCUUAGUGUCAGGCGAAUUGCUGGCUUUCCUCAACACCAGUAAUCCCAUUCUAUCAGCAGACAGACAAUAUAUUCUAGCGCCUAGUGAAGUUCAAUCUGUUUACAGAUAUUCUACUACAGCUCGUUUCGCGCUUUAUGAAAUAGCUACUGGGAAUGUAAGAUAUAUAGCGAACCACCAGCGUCUUCAGCUAUGUAUUUUCGGCGGCGGUCACUCUUUAGCCUAUGUACUGGAUAACAACGUCUACUAUCUCCCCGAGGACUCCUCACAAGCUAUACAAAUCACAAGCGAUGGAAUACCGGGAGUUAUUUACAAUGGCCACACUGAUUGGGUGUACGAAGAGGAUGUGAUGUACACUGGGCAAGCGACGUGGUUCUCUACUGACGGCUCAUACUUGGCUUUUGCCAGCUUCAACGACACUGAGGUCGAAGCGUAUUCAUAUUAUUAUUUUGUCGAUAAGACCGACCCUGAUGAUCUUUAUCCUGAACUCUUUGAUCUAAAGUAUCCUAAGGUGGGUCGUACUAAUCCUACAGUUAAUUUGCGUCUAGUAAAUUUGACGGAUCUCGUAUUAACAAAUCAAGUUCGCUGGGAGACCCUGGCCCCACCAGCUGCGGUGACUGAAGACCACAUUCUGGGUGGCGUGGUGUGGCCCACUGCCAAUGAAGUUGCCGCGCACUGGCUUAACAGACGACAGAAUUAUACUGUGCUCAGAAUUUGUAAUGUCAAUACUGGUUUUUGUGAGGAAGAAACCCGUCAACAGCCAAAUGGUUGGGUCCCUAUUGCAUUGCCCCGAUUUAGUAGAAAUGGUGACUUCUUCGUCUCAACUCGAUGGUCCCUCGAGCAGGCGGACGGCAAAAUAUGGCAACACCUCUACGUGAGCAUCCGCGUUAAUGGACAGAUCAUAUCCAGCUCUAUCACUCCUGGUGGUUUUACUGUCAAUAAUUACGUUGGCAUGGAUGAGGAUAAUUUGUCCUAUUACUACACACGCACGGUGGCGGGGGCGCCAUGGCAGUCGCAAGUGCACGUGUCGGGGGCUCGCGCCGAGUGCCUCAGCUGCAACAUCCAGCUGCCGGACGGCGGACGCUGCACCUGGGCCACGGCCACAGCCAGCCGCGCCGGCUCCUACCUCACCAUCACUUGCUCCUCUACCAAUGAACCUUCCGCGACAUACAUCGUUGACCCUUUGAAUAAUCGAGUGCUCUUUACCUGGGAAGACAAUGCUAUUGUUCGUGAGCGUUUGAGGGAAAAGAUCCGACCGAAUAGUAUGAUCUUCACAGUGCCUUUGCAAAAUGGAUACCCAGCUCCGGUUCGCCUCUGGUUACCUCCCGGUUUAGACGUCAAUGAUACCAACACCAAAUAUCCCAUGGUAUACUAUGUGUACUCAGGUCCCAACACGAACACAGUAUUUGAUUCUUUCACCGUUGGUUACUUCUCAUAUUUGACGACGAGCCGUAACACAAUAUAUAUGUUGGCGGAUGGCCGCGGCUCCGGCCUCAAUGGGCAGGACAUAUUGUUUUCUCUCAACAACGCCCUGGGAACUGUCGAAGUUGAAGACCAUUUUGUCAUAUUAAGACAAGUGCUCGACCGGUACGAGUUCAUUGACCGGGACCGCGUGGGUAUCUGGGGCCACAGCUACGGCGGGUACGCCACGCUCCUCACUCUGGUGCAUGAUGAUGACCAUCUCUUCCAAUGCGGUGUCUCCACCGCACCUGUCACAUCAUGGCUUUAUUACAACACGAUGUACACGGAACGGUACAUGGGCCUGCCGACUCCUGAGGACAACCUGUCAGGGUACGAGGCUGGUGACGUCACUCUGCUGGCAGAGAAGCUGCGCGGCCACGACUUCUACCUGAUGCACGGCAAUGCCGACGAUAACGUGCAUUAUCAGAACGCGGCCAAGCUGAUGCGGGCGCUUCAGGAACUCAAUAUACCUUUCCAACAAAUGUCUUACCCGGACGAAGCACACAGUUUGGCUGGCGUGAACAUGCAUAGAUACGGAACUAUGAAUCGUUAUUGGGAGAAGUGUAUACGUAUGCCGCAAGAACAAAACUAAUGUAUACAAUUUUAAUAAGUUUUUACAAAUUGAAUUAUUCUAUAGUUCUUAUAUUCCGUAUAGUAAUAUAAAUAAAUCAAAGACUCAUCAAGUGAGACAAGAGUUAGGCCGAAAUGGCAUCUUGGUUUAUAGUCAAAUUAUUUAUUUUGAGAGGACCAGAUAUUUUGUCACGUUUUUGGACUGCCAAAGGAUAAUAAAAUGAAUUGUCUUGGUGGUUAUUCUGCAAACAUUAAAGUAACCUACAAAACUUAUAAACCUAUAAUAAACUUUUUACUCAAAUACCCAGUUAAUAAAUAAUGAAAACCAUAUAACUGUUUAAAAACUUGUUUUUCUCCUCGUAAAGUAUAUUGUGGUCGAACUUUAUAUCAUUAAUUUUA